GAUUCCACCACAGGCAACGUUCCUAUAGGGCAGAGUUUACCAGCAGGUGAUGAGAAACCUGUAAACCUGACAAAUAAAAAAGAAAGUGAAUCAGCUUCUUCAGUGUCAUCGCAAGAAGGCAAAAUCAUCUCACUUGGAUUCAGCAGUACCUCAGAAUUGUCAUUUGCAGAUCUGGCUUCCAGAAGCUCUGGAGACUUUGCUUUUGGGUCAAAAGAUAAAGAUUUCAAAUGGGCAAAUACUGGAGCAACCGUAUUUGGAGCACAGCCACAGAGAAAAGCAGAUGAAGAUGAAGGUGAUAGCGGUGAUGAAGUCGUACAUAAUGAUGAUAUCCACUUUGAGCCCAUUGUUUCCUUACCAGAGGUGGAAGUAAAAUCAGGAGAAGAAGAUGAAGAAGUUCUUUUCAAAGAGCGAGCCAAACUGUACAGGUGGGACAGAGAUGCUACUCAGUGGAAGGAGCGUGGUGUUGGAGAGAUAAAGAUCCUAUUUAAUACUCUGAAGACAUCUUACAGAGUCUUAAUGAGAAGGGAACAAGUUCUUAAAGUGUGUGCAAACCAUGUAAUCACCAAUGAAAUGAAUUUAGUACCUUCAGAUACAUCAAACAAUGCUUUAAUUUGGACAGCCACGGAUUAUGCAGAUGGGGAGCUAAAAGUAGAACGACUUGCAGUUAAGUUUAAAGAUCCACAAAUAGCUGCUAAUUUCAAGAAUGUAUUUGAAAGCUGCCAAAGAAGCAUUUCCAAAUUGAAGAACAGACUGCCAGAAGGACUGUCCAAGGACACCAAUCCCGUUGUUUAUUUUGAAGUUUCUGCUGAUGACAAACCUUUAGGAUGUGUAACCAUGGAGCUGUUUUCAAAUAUUGUCCCUCGAACAGCUGAAAAUUUCAGGGCCCUGUGCACAGGAGAGAAAGGAUUUGGAUUCAAGAACACCAGAUUUCACAGAAUAGUUACUGACUUUGUGUGUCAGGGAGGUGAUAUAACUAACCAUGAUGGAACAGGUGGACGGUCAAUUUAUGGAGACGCAUUUGAAGAUGAGAGCUUUGAAGUGAAGCACACGGGUCCUGGAUUGCUGUCAAUGGCAAAUAGGGGUCGGGAUACAAAUAACUCUCAGUUCUUCAUAACACUCAAAAAAGUAGAAGCCUUGGACUUUAAACACGUGGUGUUUGGUUUUGUGAAAGAUGGAAUGGAUGUUGUGAAAAAGAUCGAAUCCUUUGGUUCUCCCAACGGGUUAGUAAGUGGAAGAGUUGUCAUUACAGACUGUGGGCAAAUAUAGAAUUCUGGCUUUUGAGUAUACAGAUGUUCUAGCAGUAUAAAUCAGUAUUUAGAUGUUAUUGAUUAAUUAUUUCCACUUCUUUAAAAAGGACACUUCUGAUGUAUAAAUGUAAAAUUGCAGCUUAUGGUUGUUUUUUAUGUGUUCUAAUUGAUUUUUUUUGCAUGUUAAAUAAGUUCAGACACUGGCAUAUUUUGGGUGUAUUUGUGUUAUGACAUAUUUGUAUGGAAUGUCAAAUUUUACAAAUUAAAUCUUAGUCUUGUUAAAAUAA